GUUGUAAAAUGUAAAGUUUAAAUUGUAAUAAAAUUAGUAAAAUGCGAUUUACCAGAAUCUUUUAAUUUAAUUAAGUUAUUUAUUUGCACGAUUGUUGAUUUUAAGCUGUUCUUUGAUAAUAUUGUUUUAAUUUAACUUUUUAUUGUGUUAUAGUAGUAUAAACAUUUAUCAUCUUAUAUCAAGCCAUUUUCUUAUCCAGGUACAUCAAUAAUUAUAAGUUUUCAUAAAUAAUAAAUACAUAUUUCCUAUAAAAAUGGGUAUUAUUUUUUUAUUACUGGCCAAUUUAAUGUAUAUAAACUUUAACUAAUUCUACAAUUAGAUACCUACUUAAUUAUAUUUGUCCUGCUGAAUACAAAACAUGUGAUCAAAUGUGAUUAACUAAUUAUUUAUAUUUGAAACAGUAAGCAGGUAUAUAGGUAUAUCCAUUCUAUCAUACUUUGCCUUUAAAAUAAAUUCAUUUUUAUUUUUGUAGUUUUUCUAGUCUUCUUAAAUUAAUUUAUAAUAUUUCUUUGAUUUAUAGUUUUUAGUUUUUACUUAAGUGAUAAAUUUAUUAUUAUUUUUUUAAAUUUUGAAUCAAUUGUUUUUCUUAUCUUUUUUUGUGUACUUAAUUUAAUGUACAAGGAUAUCUCAAUACCUCCAUAGAUAUUUCAGGGUUUAUUAUUUUUAUUAUAUUGAUAAAAUGGCUGUUGAUGUAACCAUUUUACAUAAAUUAUCAUAUUGUAUUUAUUUUAUAUUUUGUUCCUAAGCUACCUGUCAUAUUAAAAUUGUUAUUGAUUUGAAUUACUAAAUUGAGUAUUAAGUUAACUGGUGUAUUAAUAGUUUUACAUUCAUUUGGAAAAGGAUUUUAUUUGAUUUUCCAGUUGGUACUUUACCUAAAACAUUCUUGUUUCCCAAAAUUUUUUCAAACAAAUAAAAAAAUCAUUUUAAUUUGAAAUUAAUAAAAUUUACUAAGCUAUACUUAGAUUUGUUAUUUGUUUACAAUAUCUAUAUAUUUAGUUUAAGUACUAAAUUACUCUAAAUACUCUCUCUACCUUCUAAGACUGGUAACAUACCAUGUCAUUUUUGUGGAUCCGUUUAUUUGAUUUUAGAAAUAAUGAUUAAUACCAUUGAUUAUAUUGUGUUACAAACUGAAACUACCUUUACCCUUCAUUUUACCAUUUGUUACAUAGUUAAAUUUUCAUAUUUUUUUCAUAAUAUUAAUAGCAUUGUAGUAAAUGCUCCUAUUUUCAUUUUAUUGAUCUGGGGAUUAUAAUACUAUGAAAUAGGUACUAUGAAUAUCAAAAUAUUACCGAAUGUCUUAAUUUAAUGUUUUCAAUAUGAAAUUGAAAGUUUUUUCUGAAGGUAAUCUAAUCAUAUCAAUUGCUUAUCUAUUAUCUAGUAAACUUGAAAUCUAUUGAAAAAGUAUAAAAUGUACCUAUGUAUGCUAACAUAUAUAAUAAAGUUUGGACAAUGAUUCCGGUGUUGAGUUCUUACUAAACUUAUUCAAAAUCUAUAAAAAACUUUCUAACAAUGAUACUUCUUUUAUUUUAUUUCACACAAGUUUUAGAGCAUCAAACUUAGAAACUCAAAAUAUUACUUUAUUUUAUCUUUGAAGUUCCAAUAUUCAACUUUUUUUUUUUGUGUUUUUAUCUCUUUAUUUAGAAUCUAAAUUUUAAAUAUUUGAUCUACAGUGUAUGCAAUUUUAUUUAGAUAAUGCCUAUAGUAUUUCUAUUAAUGGAUACCAAGUAUUUAUGAGUUAUUUUAUGUAUAACCUAUAACUAUUAUUGAUGAUUUUAAUUGGUUAGGUGGCUACCUCAGUUUUUUAAUUGAUAAAAAUUAUUAAUAUUAGGUAAUUUAUUAUCCUUUAUAAUAGGUAUAAUAUAAUAUUUUAAUAUUUCUUGAAAUAAUCAAAUAAUCUCUUGAAUGUUUGGACAUUAAUGGUUAAUUGUCUCAUGGUGAAUAUAAUUACUUAAAUUGUUACAUACAUUUAACAAUUAUCAUUAUACAAAAUGGUAUAAUUUCUAGAAUCAUUUUUAUUUUAAAAUCAUUCAGAUUUUUAAAUAGUGUUAACAAUAUAUAAAUCAAAAUAUUUACUUAAUGUAACACAAUAUAACUAAAUUUUGUGUAGUUACAAGUAGAAGUAGGUUAAUAAUUUUGAUAAUAUAUAUAUUUUGCUACCAUAAAUUAUUGAAGUAUUGUCUAAUUAAGCAUAUUGUCACUCAUUAAGUAAGAAUAAGAAUAGUAAUCAUUAGUUUUUGUUUAUUUUUAAUAUUUGUUUACAUAAUAAAAUUUGACAUAAUUUAUUGUGCCUAUCAGCUAUCACUAACCAUAAAGAAAAACAUAUUUAAUCAGAAUUUCCACCGGAUCUUUUACCUCCCCACGGAAAAAAAACUGAACUUCUUCUCAUACUUUUUAGACCUGCGUAUCGAAUGCCCUUCUUUUCUUCUGGAUCCCUUGACCAGUCUGAGAAAAUAGUAAACAGUGUAUGUAUUCCUUUAGUCAUUUUAUUUUUGUAAUUUUUUUUUUCUUCCUCUUUAACGUUGUUUAGUUCUCUUUUUUCCAUCUGAUGUUCAGCCAUUUCUCCGUUGUCAUCAUAACUAUCAAUUUCAUUCCUUUUGCCACCCCAACUAGAGAAUGUUUGUUUAGGUCUACUGCGUUUAUCGGAAGUUCGUUUGCCUCCCCAACUGGAAAAUGCCGGUCGUUUUCCGCCAUAUGGAUAAGUGCUCUGCCUUUUACCACCCCAACUGUUAAAUAUGGGUGUCUGACGGCGCUUUUCUGGCAAAUCCAAUUUAUUUAUGUCAACUAGACCAGACGAUUUUUCCAAUAAGUCACAUAUAUCGAUACUAGGUUCUAUUUGGCAAAUAUCAUACACUUCUUGAAAUGAUACGAUUUCAUGGCCCUUGAUUUCUUGGUAAGUGAGUUUCAUUAGAGCCAGCAACAACCAGGACACUCCAAUUUUUACCAUACUGCUGAAACAUAAAUAUUUAGAAUUAAGUUUAAUCUUUUUAUAAAAAUCGUAUUUAGAUCAUUUCUAAUACGUAAUUUGAAUUAUUAUAAAUUAAUCUACUUUUAAAAAAAAUAUUUACAUUGUAAUUAAAAUGCAUUUCUACCUUAAAUUCUGUUAACAAUAUUAAGUGGAACUCACAAAUUUACAUAGUGUUACUAUAUUUUUCAUGAUUCCACAAAAUGUAAUUAGCAAUGUUUGAGAUUUUUAAAUAUAUAUGAAUUAUGCAUAUGGUUUAAAAUAUUAAAACAAUAUUAUUUGUAUCUGAAUAUUUGGCUACAAAUUACAAAAAAAUUUUGUUGUACUAAUCAUUUAUAUAAUAUAAUAUAGGUAAAUUAAAUGUUUCUCAUACAUAUUUGCAAAACUAUAAAAAUUGUCCACUUUAAUUAAUGAUUCAUGUUAAAUAUUUUAGUUUUUGUAAAUUUUAUAAAAGGAUAAAUAAAACUGUAUUCAUCAAUGAUUUGUGACUGAAAUAAAACAAAAUAAUUAUAAAAUAAAUCAAAUAAAUAAUUUAUUCAAUAUUACUUUGCGUAGAUACCUAAAAAUUUGUAUUGGUCCAAAAUAAAAUAUUAAUCCUCAAGUAAUAUCAAUCAUAUUAAAAAAAAAAAAUGAUAAUAAUUAAUAAAAAAAAAUAUACAUAUUAUCAACACUUUGUUUUAUUUACAAACUUCGCUUAGAAUUGGAUUUUCAUUGACAAUGGUUAAUCGUUACAUACAGAUUAUUACAUACAUAUAUUCAAUUUCUUCUCUACUACCUUCUCAACUUUUCACCUGUGACAAUGGUCCACCCACGUGUGAAGUGUGUCUGUCUUUUUAUAUUAAGUGUAAUUAUGUGUUUUACGAAAGCUCAAAAUUAUAAAAUCGAGUUAGGCGUACUGAAAAUAUAUUUUUAUUCCCUCUGGUGUAGAUUUAACAAGGUUAUUUUUUGUUGACGUGUCUCGUCUUUUUCUGUCAUUGGAGACUAUGUGGACAGGUAGUUAAUUUUUACAUACAAAAAUAUGAUUAAUGAUCAAAAAUUGAAAAAUUAUUUUCUUACUUUACUCGUCAGUUUUACUGAAGAUUAACCCAACUACAAAGUAACAGUAUUUUGUAUUGAUUUGUAUUAAUUGACAUAUCUACUUGUAUAUCUAUAUUCAAACAUACUUAUAAGUUUAUAGCUAGUUAUACCUUAAACAAAAUUCAUUUUAAAUGUUUAUUAAAACAUUAAAUAAUAUAUAAUUCAACAAUAACUAUUAACAUGUUUGUUGCUUUCGACAAUAUUUUUAGGUAAUUCAAAUUGAAUUUAAAUACCUGAGUUAAUAUCUACCAUAAAAUUUCAAUUGAUUCCCAGUUUAUUUCAAAGAAUUUGAAUAAAUUCGAAAUUGUCCUGCUAGUAAAAUUGCUCUUCCUAUUUCAUUAAUCUGAACAAAAAUUGACUUAUAGUAAAUAAGGUUUAACAUAUUUUAAUGUUGUAUAUAUUCUAUAUAAUAAAAUACUUAAUUUGAUUUCUUCUUACACAUCCGUUUCAGUUUAUUUUUGUUUAUAUAUAUAAAUAUAACAAAUAUUACAUAUAUUAGAUAACAAAAAAUAAUGAUAAUAUAAAAUCAAAUAAAACUAUCUAGGAUAUUUUACCUACUAUCUAAAAAUAUAGUAUACAAAUAAUUUAUUUUUAUUUAAAUAUGUCCCCUUUGUAACACAAAUAAAUGAUCAGAAAUACGAUUUUUAAUAAGUAGGUAUAAAGUUAUACACAUGAAAAUAUAAUUUUUGUUUAUAUAACAAUAUAUUUUUUGUUCUCUGCUAUCGCCAUUUUAUAUGUGGUGUUUACGUAACCCUUAAACCCUGACUUAAUCUAACUUCCUCCUUAUCUUUAUUCAAUUAUACAUACAUAUGAAUAUAUGAUGUUAAUCAGGAUCUUGAAUGAUUAUUUAAUAUUAAUCUAUGUGUUUAGUUAUUACAUGUUAUUUAAACAUUUACUUACAUUGUUGUUAAAACCUAUAAAACUGUUAUUUAAUUAUUUAAAAACUUUUAACUUGGAAGUAUAAUAAAUUUACAUAUUAAUAUUUUACAAUCAUUUGAUAGAAGAAAACUACCUACUAAAUACAGCUGCAGUAUACAUAAUCAUAUAACAGUUUGUAAAUAUUUUGCCAGUUUAAUUUUUGUUUCAUCAAAUAUAACUGUUAACUAACUAAUAAUAUAAUAAACCAUAAAACUAAACUAUAUAAAAUAUAUUAAAAUUUGACUACCCAGGUAUUAAAUAAUAUUAACAAAAUUUUAAAUAAAAAUAUUGGAGAAAUAGUGUACUCAAUAACAUAUAGGUAAAUUAGGUAGGUAAUAAUUAUAUUUUAGGCAAAUAGUUUAUGUUUAUUUAUCUCGAAUUCCAAAAUAUAGCUAUAAGUUGAAAUUUGAAAAUUAUUUCCCUUUUUUAAUAUUUUGUAUAAUCUAUCAUAGAUAGCAAUACUAAUAAAUUAAUGGCUAUGUAUUGCAAUUCUAUACUUUACACUGAAUCGAAACAGAGGUGUGGUUUAAAUUAUUGACUAUAGUUUUUGUUGACAUAAUUAUAUUAUUUAUUUUUAUUGAUUGUUUUUUAAUAAAAUUAUUUACAAAAUAUAUACUUGUGUGAUUGUGCCCUAUAAUAAUAUAGACUUGUGUUCUGUAUAAGUUCAAUCAAGGAAAAAAAUAAAAUAUUUUAUUAUUUAUAUAUCUUAUAUAUAUAUAUAUCACUAUAUAUCUUUACUUUAUUUGAAACAUUUCAAAAAUAUAGGUAUAGUUACUAAGAUGUUAAUAUACAUUUGUAAAAUUAUAAUUUUAUUAUAAUUUACAAGGAGUGUUAAAUUUUUUUCAGACGAAGGCUAAAAACUUAAACUUUAAUUUUACAUAUCUUUGAGGCUACAAUACAACUGAGUUGAUUAUUGACCGGCGUUAGUAGGUAAGAACAAGUUUUUUUUUCGUUUUAAAUAAUUGUUUUAAGUUUAAAUUUUGACGAGAAUUGUACAAAUUACGACUUUUCAAAAUCCAUAUUUAACCGAACUUCGCCCAGAACCCUAUUUCGUCAGCAAUGAUUUAUCGUUGUACUCGGAUAUAAAUUAAAUAACUUUACCCUACCUUCUAUCAACAACAAUGACACGCCCAUCAGCAGUAUCAGGUCUUUUUAAAAAUUUGUUGUUGUUCAAUACUAUGCAUGGGUAAAGCCUGGUAAUAUAUUAUAGGUAUAUUGAAUAUGGGUGAUUUGAAAUUACGUAAUUAUUUUUAAUAACCACGUUUACGACCGAGUACCCAAUCGUCAGCACCAUCAUUUUAAUAUAAUAUAAUUUUAUUUUUAUUUUUUACAUCCAAUUGUUUUAUAGUUGCGGUAAACUUUGGUUAAUUAUUAAAAAAUAUGAGACUUAAAAUGUUACUUUUUGUGUAAACAAUUUAAAUUACAAAUUAAAAACUUUUUAUUUUUAAGUCUAAAAAUAUUAAACGUCUUUUUGUUAGAAGUUUUUCAUAAUUUAGUGUAGGUAUUAAUAUCAAAAUAAUUAUAUAAUUAGAACCACGGGCGUGCCAAUGAAAUACUGAAUGCAACAAUAUAUCAUUGUAAACAAAACAAAAAAAAUGAUUCUGAGCGGAACUCGAUAAGCAAUUUGAUUAAUAUUCAAUCACUAAAUGAUUCAUUUGUAUUUUUAACGUAUUGUAUUAAUAAUAUUUGAAUUUUCGAAGAAAUGUGAUGUUUACGCUAAAAUAAAAAUGUCUCACCAGUAAUCCAGUAUCUUUUUUCAACAUGUUUUAGUAAUAACAUUUAAUUAUGAUGUAUUCAAUCUACUUUUUAUGCGUUUAAUGCGAUAAUAAAAUUCAAAUAAAUAUAUUACCCUAUAAAUACUAUACACGCUAAUGCAAAACUAAAUUAUUAUUUUACUCGGGAUUUAAAAAUAAUUUUAUUGAAAACCUACACUCUAUCAAAGGGAAUUGCAGUAUCAUUUUUAUUUAAGUAAUUAUACUGACUUUUCGAAAAUUAAGAAUUGAAGACACAUUUGAGGUUUAAAAUAAUAAGGUACAAUUAUUAUUUUGUUCGCUUAUACUCGUACUUUGAUUACUAUUAAGUAUUAUGACACGAACACUAAUGUUUAUUUAAUUUUUUAUUCCCAUUCUAAACCUCAUCACUAGAUAAUAAUAUUUCAAACAUAAUUCUAUUUCAAAACGUUGGUAUGUGAUGACUUUUAUACCUACCUACUAUUCUCGCGAUUACUUUAGUUGACUCAACUCAAUUAAUCAAAAACUUAGACGAAUCCAUAUUAAUUUCAGUGUUGAGAGAGUUAGGUGCAUUAUUAUAGACUUUAGAUCUACUGUUAGUAGUAGUAGUAGUUACUAGUAGGUAGUUAGAUUAUUUAGAUUAUUACAGAUCUUAAUCUGUUUAUACAUUCGAAUUAAAAUGAUUCAUAAAAUAAAAGUAUAAUUGUUUCGAAACUAAACAAAUUCUUGUAAAAUCAUUAAAUUAAUGUAAGUACAGGUGUAGGUAUGUACGUGUUUUUUUUUUUAAGACAAUUUAAAAUAGAUUAGGUAAUAUAAUUAAUAGUUUAUCCGCUAAUUCUAAAUAUAAAAACGUUUGUACAUUAUUGAUAUCUACAUAUAGCCAUAAGUCAAAUAUUUUAUGUAAUGUUGACGGGUUGUACUAUUAUUUUUUGGCCUGGUAAAAACUUCUUACAGCACCUUCAAAUAUAAAAUUAAAAUUGGUCUUUGAACGCCAAUGGUACCUCAAAAUUUUAUUUUUUUUAGAUUUUCUCGUUAGUCUUUUAAUUGUACGGAAACACGAUCAGAAAAUGAAACCCGGGUAAAUUACACUAAGUAAGCUACAUUUGUUACAACCAAUUGCAGCUAUUUCAUCAUAACUAGAAAAAUAAUUCUACUGGAGUCUUGAUGUCAUUCGUCAAAUAACAAAUUUCCCAUUUCGAAAAGUUUAAUACAUUUUCAAAGUUAAAUAUAAAACAUUAAACAAUUUUCGAACGCAAUGAUUUAUUGUUAGUUUUAAUAUAAUACCGGGUCUUCCAGAUCAGUUUCCCGCUAGCCCUAGGUGUUUUGAUAUUAAUUUUACUAAUUAUAGUUUAUACAGUGAUAAACGAGUGUACAUAAUCAUGGUUACAUAUGCAUGCACGAUUUAUAAGUAGAAUAUUAAUGCUUAUUAAUAUUUAAAGCAUUAAAUUUGAUUUUUUAAUGCCUAAGAGAAAUCUAUAGUUAUAACAAAUAUAUGUAAUAAUUAAGUUAGUACCUAUUCAAGAAUUUUAAAUUGAAAAUUAUGAAAAAAAAAAAUGAAGUACACAAUAUCGCAAUUAUAGUAUUGUAGUCAUUGUGUAAAAGUUAUUGAAUAUUCUUUUUAAAAAAAAUUUUUUUUUUCGUUGAAAUUUAAAAAUAAAAUGACUUCAAAUGUUAAUAUUUUUUCCUGGAUACUUUGAUAGAUAAGUAAUAUUCGCGUAUCGUGUUCUUAAUAAUAAGUUAACCAACUUAAAGUAGUGUGUAUAAAUCCAUUUUAAAUGAUUUUAGCAUUACUAUACCGUGUCUAUUAUUUAGAGGGAGAAGCUUAUUUACUCAUUUAAAUAAAGUAUAUGAUGUACAUGGAAUUUAAUCAAGAAUUGGAAUUUUAUUUCGUUUUAAAAUAAGUUUUUAAAUUGAUUUUUCCCUCUGUAUAUUUUGCAAUUUGUCGGUAUAAAGAUUGAAUAUUGAACAUGUACGACCUUUAAAUAUACGUUAUUUAUAUAUGAUUUUACAAAUCGAAUAUUUGUGCUAUCUUUUAAAUUCGGAGGGAUCUAUUUAAUUUUACUAUGAUGUGUAUUUUUUUAUUUUUUUUUUAAACGACGUUUCAAAUGGAAAAUUUGUUCCAUUUGAAAAAUUGAGGACAUUUUUAUAUUUUUCAAAGGGUUUUCGAAGUAACUAAAAAAAAAACAGGAAAUAAAAUUAUAUGAAAAACGGCAAUUAUUUACGGCACACCACGGCAUUACGUUUUAAGAUACAAUUGUAAAGAAAAUCUUAAUUAUAACGCCUUUCAAAUAAUGUAUAAAUAACUUCGCUCAGAAUCCUGUUUCGUUAGCAACGGUUUAUCGUUACUUACAGAUAUAUAUAUAAAAUAACUUUAUUUUUCCUUUACUUAAUGAAGGUAGAAUACCUUCUUAACUUCCCACCGUUAAUAGUGACGUACCCAUCAGCUCUUGGUUUUGUACGAACUUAUGAUUGGAACACAAUGAAAAUACGUCGUGGAAAACUAAGCUCCGCUCAAAAUCAUGUUUGUAAUAAUAUUAUGUACGCAUGUUUCAUUUCCAAAAGUAUAAUUAACAAAACUUUUUUACAAUGAUUGAAGCAAGAUAAAAGGUCAACUUUACUAGCUCAAAUUUAACAUCCGCUAAUAACGGGGGGGGCUAUAGCCUCUAUAUUCUCUCUCCUUGUAUUCGCCUCUGGCUAUGCAAGUAGUUAAAACAUUUUAAAUAUUAUAAAAUCGUAUACAAACUUUUUUUUGUUUUAAUAAUCAUUCAAUAUUGAAAUGUUUUAUAACGGAACUUUAAUGAAUUUUUUCCACGAAUACCCAUACAAUAAUAUAAUACUUACCAGUUUUAUGAUAUAAACAGAUAUGUAUAUUAUUAUACACAAUGAGUUUAUAGAAUAAUAAUAAUAAUAAUAUGUAGAAACAUAUUAUACAAAAUUCUUAUUGAUAAUAUUAUGUAAUAUGUAUAUAUGUAUCGUAUAUAACUUAUCGUAAUGAAUUAAUUCUAUAUUAUUUUAUAUAAUCAAAACAGUACGUCAAUUCAAAUGAAAUUAUUAUUUAAUAUAAAGCCGUAAUUGAAAUGGGGUUUUGAAGGUCCCCCCCCUUCAACAUUAUUUCCCAGUUAAGGUAUUGAUAUAAUAUAGGUAUGCAAAAUUGAUCAUGCUAUUAUAUUGAAAUACCUACUAUACUUUAUUGUAACGGAAGAAAUAAAUUAUAGGUAUAGGUAAUUCGCAAAUUUUUAUAUUGCCUAACAUUUAUUUAAAGGAUUUUUAGUAUUUUCGAAUAGCUUAAAAAAUAUAUGACAUUAAAAUAUAUAACCGGCUUUUCCUAUUUUACGUUUACCUAUUAUAUUAUAAUGUAACGUUGUGUUAUUCGUCUCCCUGUAAGUCCGCGAAAGUUAAAAAAUUAAAAUUAUAUUAUCUAUUUGAAUGUAUAAUAUUAUCGUGACUUUCGAAAGCAAAUAUAAAAAAAUGUCGUCUAAGUUUGAUAUAGAGAUAUAUUUACUAAUUUUUUUUUAAAACUUUAGAUUCAUAACCUAUAAUACAAUUAGGUACCUACUUACAUUUUUCUUUUCAUUUUUUUAUUUUUAAAUAUUCUUAAUUAUAAAAUAUUGUAUUCGUGUUUCGUAUAUAAAUCCUAAUGUUUAUCUAUGUACUAUCUAUGGUCCCAGAGAAGAAGGGCUUGAGUGAAUUUUGGGCGAUUUUUUUUUCUAAUUUUUUAUUAUAUAAUUGUUUUUCACGUUUUUUUUUUUUUUUUUUUUUUAUAUCCUAAAGACAUUUGUGUAAGUAUUUUAAUAAUUUAAUUUGCUCGUAUAUUGAACACUUUAUACAAAAUAGAUAUUAUAGUAAAGUCCUUCUUCCCCGGGACCGAAUAUAUUAAGAUGUAUUAUUUGUAAAUUAAUCAACUACCUAUUAAACUUGGUGUAACAAUAGAAUUUGUAUUAUUAAUAAUAAUCGUAGGUAUAAUAUAUUAUAAUAUAAAUAGUUGUCUUACCUGUAAUAUUAUUGCGAUGACAGCGGAGUCCCUGCGGCUACGGUUAUCGGCCACUACCAGAUCAGCUUAUACGGGGAUAUCGAGAGAGCGCUUUAAGAUAUAUACUUCGCGGAUACAAUGGGUGGCGCUUUAUUUCUUUUGCAACAAGUAGGCGUGACGUAUCACACGCAUUGGCGUUUAAUUUUUAUUGCAAUGCACACACAAUAUCACACACACACACACACACACACACUUGUAUAUUAUGUUUUAAUAAAAAAAAAUAGCACCAUAUAUAUACAUAUGUAUAUGGUAAUAUUGUUUUUAUACCCUAGGUGUACUUGGUGCUAUGUAUAUUAUGAUUAUUACUAUUUUUUUCUUUUUUAACGUGAUACUUUCGUAUAUUAUACCGUUUUAUGGAUACCUACCUACGACAUUCGUACUCCAUUAAACCGUACUGAAAAACGUAUAAUAAAAUAUUGUGAUGCAUACACGGACUAUUAAUUUUGAUGUUAUAUCCGUUUGAAAUGUGUCGGAAUUAUUUUGGUCCGCAAAACAGGACAAUUUGCGACGUUUUUUUGAUACUUUAAAGAAAUUAUAAAAUCAUAAAAAGAAAUUAAUAAAUCAAUAAACAUUUUUUAUUUUUUUAAAUUUACUAUAGAAAUUACAAAUCACAACUACAUAUAUGAUAAUUCAUUGACAGUUACACUAACGUUCUUUUAUUUUUUUAUUUUAUGUUAUUAUCAGACUCGUCUCUAGAACGGUAAUUUGAGUUUGAUGAUACAGCCGUUGGAUGCUUCCAACUGUUUCCUCGACGUCCUCUUGUUACCCAGAAAUAGUCAUCGUCUUCUUCAGAUCUUCUGUCCAUUGUUAGCCACGCUGGUUCGUCGACGUAAAGUGGCUUUUCUAAAUGUCCUUAAACACAAAAUAUUAUUAAUAAGACAAUGAUUUAAAAAAAAAAAGAGCUGAUACUGGGAAUGGGAGCGUCCACUGUUGUAGGUGAGAAACUGGGAAGGUAGGAUACAUAAGAUUAUUUCAUUUAUAUCUGUAAGCAACGAUAAAUCAUUGCUUGACGAAAGACUAUUCCGAGAGCAGUUCGGUAAUACAUAAUUUGAAGUGCCAUAAUUUUUUUUGCUAUUUUCGUUUAUAUUUGAUUUCAAAACGAUUAUAAAAAAAAAAAAGUCGUCCCAUGGUUUUGGAAAUUUUAUCCCGUAUACUAGGCAAGUCCAAUAUAAAUAUUAUUACCAAGUUUCGAGUCUCUAAGUGUAUUUAUAACCGAAUUACAUCGAAAAAGAUCCCAAAAAUUAAAAUUCCUUAAAAAUUCAAAAGUGGCUCAAAAGUUUUGUAAAUGAUACCGUAAGAAAUUAAAUCAAUAAAGCAACAAAAAAGAUGUCUUGUGAUUUUUCGAUUUAAUCAUUUUUUCUGAUAGAAAACGUCGUCCAUGUUUUUAUAAAGUAAUGAAAUCGUGAAAUUGUACGUUUUCUUCCUACGAUUUUUCCCUCUUAAGUGCUUUUAUUAAAAAAAUGGCAUCAAAAAUCAAAAAAUGACCUAUUUAAAGUACAAUUUAGACAACUUGAGCUUUCAGAAAAGUUGCUACACGUAAAAUCGUAGCUAGUUUACUAGGAAAAAACAUGUCCACAGACUAGAACAAAGAAAAAAAGGAAAUAAACAAUAUUGUAAAACCAAAAUCAUAUCCCCCCUCCAUACUCUCCAACUUUUCCUAAACCUAUUAAUUAUUAUUUUCCAGAUAAAUGCUAAUUAAUUAUAUUAUGUUUUUAAUAAAAAUAAUAGAUAAUUUAAUUCAAAAUCUCUCCCGAAAAUUUAGUCCAGCAACGGUCUUGCAAUUGACACCCUUCAUAAGGUUAUAAUACUAGACCUAGCAUUUGUGCUAUUGUGAGUGAAUCAAAAUAAGUAUUUUAAAGAUAUUAUAAUAUAUCUAACAAAUAGUGUUUAAUAAAAGUUCAAAGUAUUUAAAUUAUAUGCAUGUAUACAAAUAUUAUUUGAAAUCCAUCUAAAACAGUGUUUCUCAACCAGUGGUCCGUGAGCCUGUUAUAGAUGGUCCUUGGUCCCAUAGAUUUUAUCUUAUUUUUUUUUGCUUGUCCAUUUAAAAAAAAAAAAUUAGAAAAAAUAUAGUAUCCAUUGUGUUUAUCCAUUUUUUAAAAUGUUUAUUAAAGUAAUGAAUAAUAUUAUUAUCAUUAUUACUGCCGACGAUCGAUUAGUGUGUUUCAACUUUUAUAAGUGUGUAGUUUGAUUAAAGUUUUUAUUAAUUACCAUUCAAUAGCGAUUUAUUAAAUAUCAUUAUUGCAACCGAUAAUUGUUUACCGAUAGCAUAGUUUCUUAAAUAUUUAGCUACGAGAUUAAUUAAAUUUUUACGAAUUUUUACUGAGAGUAUACAACUCCAAUUGGAUUAGCUUUCUUAACGAUUCAUUUUCUUAUGAACUGAUGUACAAAUAUUUACAAUACAAUAUUUUGUAUAUUUUGUUAUUUUAUUUUUACAUUAUUUUUAUUUUAUACAAUAUUUUGGCCUAUUGUGUAGUAUUUUGGAUAAUAUAUUAUUUUAUUUUGUAAUAAACCACACCUAAUAUCAAUAUAAACAUAUGAAUUGCAGACUAAAUUAAUCUUAAGGAUGGAUACUAUGUUCCUAAAUUUUGUUCGACUAUUUUACAUUUAUGUAAGUUCACAUGUUGGUAAUUUUAUAUAUAUUUUUAGGUUGGUGUACUUGUUUAAAAUUAUUAUGUUUAACAAAUACAUUUUAGUUGUACGUGUAUAAAAUGUUAUUAGUGAAAAAGAAAUUGUUUCCAUUAUUUACAAUUUUGUUUCUCCUGAACAAUUUUAAAAAGUGAACUUAUCUGGUUGUUACAGGGAGCCCUUCAAUUAAGGUGGUCCACGACCUAUUCAAAAUUAUCAAAACGGUCCGUGGUUGUAAAAAGGUUGGGAAACACUGAUCUAAAACAAAUAUUUGUAUAUAUUAUACGUGUUUUGAAAGGUCGUAAUAUUUACGAUUCGAAAAUAAUAUAUUUCGUAAAUUUUCCGGUUUUUCUUACGUUUUUUCUCAUUUAUUAUGAAAACCCCUUUAAAAAUUUAAAAAAUAACCAAACUUUAAAGUACCACCCCUCCUUUCAGAAAAAGUGGUCAGUUGAAAAUCGGAGCAAAAUUUCUGAUAGAAAAAAAAAUAAUUACUGUAAAACUAAUACAUUCCUAGCUUCGCUUAGAAUCUAAAAUUAUGAAGUACCUAAAUAUAUCGUAUAUUCGUAUAUAUACAGUAAUGUUAAAAAUAAACAUUUUAAUACAAAUUAAUUAUAUUUUUAGAUUUUAAAUAGAGAGAUGUGCGAUUUUUUUUUUUUUUGUUAUCGAAAAAUCUUUCUGGACAGUAAAAAAAACAGUUUUAAAGAUAAAUGCAUUAUCACCACUCAUUGACUACUGUUGCCUGGUAGUACUAUUUUAAGAUAGGUAAUUUUUAAGGUUCCUUGGCCGAAAUGGCAAAAAUGAAAUUAUUAUAAUUUCGUUGUGUCCGUCCGACUACCUGCAUUUUAGAGAAUAAUAAUUCUGCUGUUUUUUUACCAAUUUUGUUGAAAUUAAAUGAAGUUUUAUGAAUACAAUCGGGUAGUUGAAAAAUUAAAAAGACUGCUUUUAUAAUUAUUCCACUGUUUUCUAGGGAGGAUAUAAAGAGUAAUUUAAUUUAUGUCUGUAAUCAACGAUAAUUGCUAAUGAAAAACUAUUCUGAGCAUAAUAUUAUUAGUAGUAUGUUUCUCCUUAUUGCCAGGAUAACUCGGAAAUCAAAAAAAAAAAAAAAAAAAGUACAGAAAAAUGCCAGUGUUUCUUAUUUAUUAUGAAAACGCAUUAUUGUAAAACGAAUACAUUUCUCGCUUCACUCAGAAUCUAAAAAAUAAUUUAAGGAUAACUGAGAGUGAAAGUUUAAUUUUCAUAUAUCUUGUCCUGUGGGGUGUUUUUGGAAGGGUUUUUAUGAGAUAUUUGUUUUUUAUAAAUAAAUAUUUCGUAACAUACAAGCUCGUUUAAUCAAUAAUACGUCAUCCUCUCUAACUACUCUGCUAUGUGAUUAAAAAUUCUGAACAUAUUCAAGAAAGUAAACACUUAAUAAAUAUUCUAACGAAAAUAAUUUGUUAAGACUAAUAUUUUAUUUAGAAAAAUAACCUGAGAUGAUUUGCCGUUGGUGUUGGUUUAAAUAUUUAAAAUAAUUAUAUAUAAUAUACUCGUUUUAAUAAGGUAGGUAUAGUUUAUGCUAUUUAAACUUAUUCACUUUAUAUUAUUCGUGAUAACGUAUAAAGUUAUCUAAAUUUUGAAUUACUGUUGUAUUAAAAAUACUUUUCUUAUCAUAAGCAUUCGAUUAAUUUCAAAUUUACUAUAUUUUUUUUUUCAAUAUUUUCAUCACAUAAGACAUAAUUAUAUGCUGUAGUAAAAUUCGUUAGAAAUUAAUGUAGGUAUGCAUUAUUUCAUACCGUUUACAGUGUUCGUGUUAUAUUUUCUCGCUAAGUAUUGUUUAAUUUUGGUUUCUGGGCUGUUCCUUCGACCACGUGAAGGCCAAAAAUUCGGAUCCUCGUUAGUACCCAAAACUGCACUGAUGUCUGCCCUUGAUAUUCUGGUGUCUCCAUUGACAAGCUGCAAAUUAUAAAAGUUACGAACUUAAAUAUUUUCUACCAAAAUGUUAAGUACAUAAUAUGUAUAAUGUAAUAUAUUAUAUAUACAAUAUACAUAUUAAAGGGACAUUCUUGGUGUCACAUUUAUGUAAGAUUCAAUAAUACGUUCUACCCCGAUUCUUGUUUUACAAACAUGAGGGUCGUUUUUCACUUCAUAGUUCAUACAGGUAUAUAUUUUUUCACGUUAUAAAGGUACAUAUGUAUGUAUAUAUAUUUACAACUCUUCCAAAUUCCAAGAUUUUCUGCAUUAGAAGAAGUAUUAUAUUAUAAAAAAUACUUCUCGGAGAAAAAAAGCAUGCGAGGUACUCAGUUCUCUAUUGAAGUUCUGUAGUAGAGUUUCAAAAGUGUUUGCAGUAUACAAUGUAUAAUUGGUAAUAGAUAUUAUAUUUAUAUUUUAUAUAAUUUCAAAACUAUAAUGGUUAUGAAAUUAAUAAAUCCAAUAAUAAAUUAAAUUAUUCCAUAAUACAUAUUUUAACAUAGUUUUAAUUUUGAUACAAUUUUAUAAACUGCACGAUUUAAUUAAACAUUUAAAAUGUAUGUUAUUACUGCUGUUUUAUGAUUAUCUUUACAAAUAAUUUUUUUUCAUAAAAUAGUAGAUACAUGUUUUCCCUUUAAAAGUCAUACAUUUUUAAUUUUUGGAAAAAUCGAUAAAAAAUCAUAUUAUUAACCAACUUUAGAUGGUGUAGGUAUCUCAGGUAAUUUUUGAAGUAUAAAAAAGUAUAAAAAAAAAUGUAUUGAUCGUAUUUGAUUGAAAAAAAAGUAGAACUAUUCAAGUCUAGUGUCGAAAAUAAGUGCUGCUAAUCAGAAAAAAAGUAAUUUGUAUCGCACAGAAGUUAGGAUUGAAAAAUUUUAAUUUAUCAUAAGAGCGUAUUUUAGUACCCCUUACUAUCUUCCAAAAACAGAAUUCAAAUUCAAGAUCAUCCGGCCGAAAUAUUUAAUAUUACCCGGAAAUGCGAACACGCUGUAUAUUAUGCUAUUAACCCUAACAAAGUAUAAUUUUCAUAAUACGAAUUAAAACUUUUGUUCAUAUUGUUAUUUUUAUUUAGUAUUUGUUUUUUUUAAUCAAAGUCGUGUCGAAUUAUUUAUUUAUGUCUAAUUGAUAAUAUAUUGAACACUACAUAAGCAUAAUAUACAAUAAAAUCGUGAAUAUACCUGUAUAAAAUAGGCGACUCCUAUCAGGUAUAACUUCGUCCUGGCGUCCGUUAGCUCCAUGGCGUCCAGUUGCGAAUGUCUUUCUUCGCUAAACUCGCCACGUUUAUAUAUAGACCAUAAAUCCUUAUUACGUUUUUGGGUGUGUGUACGCUGCGGCACAAUGUGUACCAAUAUACGUAUAGUUCCUUUAGUUCCGGACACACCGGGUGAUCGCGAUGAUUAACUCUGGGAUCGGUACCGAUUCCCAUUUUAAUCUUGUUCGAGGCAAAAGGGAUUCACCGCACCCUCGGGUUAUUAUAUUACAUGGCCCGAUCCCCCGUAUCGUCACCCCUUCGGUUCAUAUUAUACUUAUAUAGAUAUGUAUAUAGACCAAAGGGUCCGUGAGGCUUAGGUGUAUAUAUAUAUAUAUAUAUAUAUACGGGACAAAGCAAUACGACACGUUAUUUUAUUAUUAUGUGACCAAAGAAAAUGAAAAAGAAAAAAAACACCGUCGUAUCACCACUAUUAUUAUUAUAUUUGUUUUCUGGUGGAAUAACCUAUUUUUCUUCCGUAUAUACGUUUAGGUGUCCUCCGGGGAACUUUUUCCGCUUGCGGUGUUUGUCAUCAACGUGUCACAAUGGUGAGUAUAAUUUACGAAACAAUACUUCGUGUAUAUACUUGUAAUUAAUCUAACCUCGUUGUUAAUCGCUGUCAGACACAUUUCUAGUAGAUUAUAUUAUGGACGCUUAAGCGCAUCCGAACACUAUAUAAGUCGGGAUAAUUUAACACGACCUACUUAUUAUAAUGGGCAUUAUUGUUAUGAUAUUAUGUUUUGUGUACAGAAAUUCAAAUUUUGCGGUGGUGGUGACUGCCCAGAAUGGCUAUUGGCUGAGAUCAAUUCACUCUCGAGAAUGGUAAGAAUAUUUAAAAAAAAAAAAUAUCACCCCGCCGUACAUUUAACUGGUACAUAGGUAUGAUAAAGUAAAAUGUUAAUGUUGGAAUUUUUCUUUGCCACCCAUCUACUAUUUCAAAGUAAAAAUUGCAAGCCUAUUUAAUACUUCCUAAGAAAAUCAUAAUCAUCUGCACUAAUGAGUUAAAGUUUUACUUUCAAAAUACAUCUGAUUUUUUUCAUUGGUUAAGUAGAGAAAACUCCGUGGGAAAUUACAUUUACAGAAAAAUUGAAGGACCCAUGUACUAACUAACUAAACAUGUACUAACUAAACCCAACCAAUCUUUCAGAAAACUCAUGGAGUCAAAACUUUCAAAAUGUUUUUCUCUCGCACAUAUUUGUAUUUGUAAAAAAUGUAUAAUGUCUAAAAAUAAACUUUCCGCCUCCAAAAAAAAAAAAAUUAUCCUACACAUCUGACUGCCUGAUAAAAAAAAUUGACCAAUAUUAAAAAAAUGUACGUUAAAUUGAGUUUUUAAUAUUUCAUCAAAAAUACAAAAUAAAACAAUCAUAUCUUAUUAUACAUUUAAAGUUUAAUAAUGCUAAACUAAUAGUUAUGUGUAUAUAAAACAUUCUCUUUAAAUUUAAAUUUAUAGAACAAAAUUUAAAAAAAAAAAUCAAUCACUCAUUUUGCUGGUUAAUCUAAACAGUGAUAAUAAAAAAUUAUUCUUAGAAAAAGAUGCUACACUUAGAAAUCGGAACAAAAUUACUGGUAGAAAAUUUGUUCACAAAUAAAAAAAAAGAAAUAAACACUGUAAAACCUAAACAUAAUAAAAUAAUACUAUUAUUUUCAUUUAAAAACAAUUUUGAUACAUUUUAUUGGCAUCUUGUUAAUUCAAUACUAUUUUAAAUAAUAUGUAGGUACUUAAGGUAUGUAAGCACACUUCAGUGAUAUUAACUCAAUUAUCUCCUUGGGCUUUGAAAAUUUAAACUAAAGGUGAAGAGUAGUUUUACUUUAAAUAAGAAGGAAUAGUCCGUCCCCCUCCUCACCACUUAACCAUUUCUUAAAAAAAUUAUACAAGUAUAAAAUAACGGUUUUUAUUUCACAAAAUGGAUAAAAUAUAUGUCACAUUACAUAAUUAAACCAUUAUGAUUUAAAUUCUUGAAAUGAACCUAUCCAUUUUUAUGAAAAACUCGUUCACCACAUUGAUGUAGCAUGUAUAUAUAUACCUUUUUAUAAUAUGUCGGUUUUCAAAUAUUAGAAAGUAAUUUUCAAAUUAGAGAUUAAUAUGAUUUUAAAUUCACCUUUUUAAUUUUUUGUUAUAAUGUUCAAAAUAUGUGUAAUUGUUAUAGAAAUAAUAUUGAAAUUUUAUAUAAAUUUCCAGACAUCAAUUAAAAUGCACCUUUUAGCCACAGAAUGCAGUAUUUGUUUAAUAGAUCAAGAUGCAACCAAUGUAAGUUUAAAAUUGUAUAUUAAAUUCACUAUCUAUGUUAUUGUGUCGUUUUUAUUUAUUAAUAUUAUUGCAGUUGUGUAAUUUUUUUAGCCACCUAUAAUGUUUUAUAUUAUAAAAACUUGUUAACAUAUUUAAAAAAAAUACAAUUAACUAAUUCAAAGGAACUCGUUAAUCUUAAUUGUUCUAUUAUUUAUGGUGGUUGCCACCAAACUUUUUUUUUAUUUUUUGUUAUAUUUUCCCUUACAAAAAAAAAAAAAAAAAUUAUAAUCUAUUGGGAUUUGAAAACAAGCUAUUAUUUUUCAUUAUUAUACAUUUAUUAAUUUUUAUAUUUUUGUUUUUAAAACAGUUAUUUUUUAUUGUUACAAAGAAUUCUGGCCCCUUUUAUUCUUUAUACCUUUUUAAGAGAAAUUCGCUAAACAUUACAGAUAACAUCAUUUAUGUUUGCGUAAUGGACCACAUAUAAGUACAUCUAACUUUGGUCCAAUGUUUCAAAAAGACCUUAAUAAAUCUGAUUAUGUCUUUAGCGGACAUUCUUUAAUGGAAUAAUAGCGUUAAAUUAUUAUAUAUAAGAUGACGUCGUUGGUUAGAAAGACCUCUUUCUUUACUAUAAUAAUAUAGAAUUGAUAAUAUUUCAUUUUUGCUUGAUGAUGAUGUCUUUUUUGAAAAAAACAAAUAAUAGUAGUUUUCUUAAGUAGCUUAAUGUUAAACAACUUACACGUAUUGCAAUAGAUCACUGCACUUUUCACUGCUCCCAUUUAUGACCCCAGAAUUUGAUAUAUCGUUAAGAAAACCUAUUAUGUGAGAGAUGAUAAUACAAUGCUGAAUAAUUAAUGACAGCUUUUGUUUUCUAGCUUGAUAAAGUUAAGGCGCUUAUGGCUGAUGUUAAACUGGGUAAGUCAAAUUGUUUUUCUUAGAAUAAUUCUAUAUGAAAUAGUUUGUUAGUUUAAGAAUAUUGGAUGUUGGGAUUAUUAUAAAAUCGGUAGGUAUACAUGUACUAUAAAACCUUCAACAUAUCGAGAAAAAAAAAUAUGAAAUAAACCAAUUAAUAAAAUAAAAGUAGUAUUAUUUACUGUAUAACUGUUUACCAACCUAUAGAGCAUAUAUAUUUGUUUACUUAUAUACUUUUAUAUUUAAGUUAAUAAUUUUAUUACUGGUGCCCAUGUACAUUUUUCAGGAGAGGGGAGUUAAAUUUUAAAAUAUAAAUUGUUUUUCUAUAAAUCAUAAUGUAAAAUUUAAACUAUAAGGGGUUACUUAUGGUUAAAAUUUCAGGUUGAUUAAAAUACCAUUCAUUUUUAAUAGCUACUGUCAAGUACAUUGAAAAUUGUAUAUGCUGUUCAUUUAUUUGUGAUGUAUAAUAUAUUAUUUUAUAUUUUUAAAAAUAUGGCAUUCUAAUAUAUGACUUUCUAAUAUAUUUCAUUACACAAUUAUAUUCAUAAAUUUACUCAUAUAUAAAUAUAGCAUUAUACAUUAAGUAUAUUAACUACUAUAAAUUGAAUUUGGACAGAAAAUCUUAUAAAGGAAUCUGUGUGUCUUCAUCAUAAAUUAAUAUAAUGGAAUUUAUUUUCCUUUUUCCUGAAUUUAUCUAAAACAAAAUGUUAAAUCAAUUUUUAUGUGUAUACUUUUUUUUAAAUAUAUAAAUAAGUAAAUAUUUACUGAAAACUAAUACAUAUUAAAAUUUUGGUACAGCAGACCUAAAAUGUAGGUAUUUUAUUGAAUUUCUCACCGUAUUAAUGUAAUUUUACAAAUAUCAACAUGUCCUUUGAUGAUCCCAUUAACUGACCACUGAUUAGUAACUAUAACUAUACAAACUCAUUUGGGUGCUUUUUCUCUCUUCGCCAUUAAUUAAUUUCUAUAUUUUGUAGUAUAACUUUAUAGGGUUGUAUUACAUCAUACACCUGCAACACUGUGACAUACAUUAUAAUAAUAUAAUAUACUCGUAUAAUACCUAUAUAAUUAAGUAUGCAGAAACACUAUACAAUAUCUGCUGUGUCAGUGGUCCCUGUAUUAUAAUAACAGAUGGGACAUUUAUAAUAAUAUAAAAUACAUAUUUUUCUAUUUUGUAAAUCAUUUUUACUUUGUUAUUAAAAAAUGUAUAGAUGUGUAAUUAAUUGUCAUUAUUUAUGUAAAUAUAAAAUUAUUAUAUAAUAAUUUUUUUUUUUAAUUCAAAAUAAACUUCCUUAAUUAAUAAAUGCUUUAUUUAUAUUUAUUAAUAAAAUAAUAAAGUAAAAACGAAAUUUAUAAAUAAUAUUUGUAAAUAAAUAAAGUAAAUAAAUGAAUCAAUGCCUUGUCUGAAGUAUUAUAAGUGUAUUAUAAGACCAGUUUUGAAUUAAAAAUUGAUCAUCAGGUAUAUCACAGUCAAAAUGUAAAACGGGACCGAAUAUAAAAAUUAAAUGAAGAAGAUUACAUAGAAAAAAAAAUUAUACAAAUUAAUCGUUUUACAUAGAAUAUAAAAAUAAUUCAUUUUAAUAGGAGAGAUUAUUUAAAACUAGUUAUUAUUAGAAAAUAGAUUUGGUUAUUAUUUAUUAUCUAAAAUAUAUUGAUGUAAGAUAUUUUUUUUAAAAUUGAUUUGAACAUUUAAAAUAUUAUUAAAAUUAUUUUAUUUUUUUUUGUUGUGCAUGUGUAAUUCUUUUAUUUAUUGUAUUUUAAAUUGUAAUGUUAUAAAAUCACUAUUAUAGUUUAGAUACUACUUACUUAGAUUUUAUCACUUAUAUUUCCUAAUUGUUCACUUAUUCCAUCAUUGAUUUACUCAUACUUUAAACUAAUUUACUCUCUUUAAUUAGAUGUUACAAAUUACAAAGCUUGUGCAGCCGCAAUCACAUUUAUUUUGAAAAAAGCAGCAUGCCACAAUGUUCCUCGUGAUCAUCUCAAUAAUGAGUUACAACAAGUAUGAAAUAAUUUUAUUAAUUCAUAAAUAUCAUAGUCAAUUGAUUGUAUUUCAUACAAAUUUCUCAAUAUUGGUACUAUUUCAUUGGAAAAUAUAAGAUGUGUAAUAAUAUUCAGUGGUAUUAAAAUGUUAAAAUACAUAUUUAAAUGUAUUUUUUCUUUUAUGCUUAACAUACUGAUCACUUUUAAAAACAUUUUACAACUUUUCCUUACAACAUUGACCUAGAAUCAUUGCAAUAUUACUAAAUGCUAUUGUUUUUUAGAUUCUGAGCGCAUUAUGAAGCGAUGAAUGUAUUAGUUUUACUAUUAUUUUCAAUUUUUUUUUUUUUUUUUUUUUUUUUUCCAGUUAAAAAUAUUUGUAGAGUUAACAUUUGGACAAAAAAGUUAUUUUUGUCUUUUUAAAAUUACAAUUUUCAAAACCUUUGAGCUAUUUUUAAAAUACAAACAUUUUAAUUUUGAGGUUUUUACAUAAUUUUUAUUCAGUAUGUACUCUGUGGAUAAAAUUGUUAGAUCAAACAGAAAUGCUUUAACAUUUAACAGAAGAUUCAAUAUAAGUCAUAAUUUGUGGUAAAAAAAAAAAAAAAAUUGAGUUUAAUGUAGAAUUUUUAUACAAAUUUAAAUGAUAAUUGUAAAUAUUACAUCCUUUCAAAACAUGUAUAACCAAAAUCGUUUUUGUUAACAAUGAUUAAUUAUAGCAAACAGAUUUAAAUUAAAUUCCCUUCUAUAUCUCACCCACAACAGCGGCCCACUUAUUGUGCUAAAAAUGUUAGUCUUUUUUUUUAAUUUUACUUAUUGGCUUUAAGAUAAAAAUAUAAUUUCUUGUAAUAAUAUAAAGUAAUGUAUACCUUUUUGUCUAAUUCAUUUUUUAAAUGUUUACCAUUUUUAGAUUGGGUUGCCCCGUGAACAUGCUUCUGUCUUGUGUCAAGUAUAUUCAAAGAACAUAGAUCUCAUUAGUACAGAAUUAAGAAAUGAAUCGUUAAGAAUUGGCCAGUUGAAUGACGUUGACAUAUCCAAAGAUGGUGAUGGCGAAUAUUUAAUAAAAUUCAAGAUGGUGAAUACACCUAAACGGUUUGGAAAAGAGAAAGAAGACUCGUUUUUGCUGACCAAAGAACAAAUUCAAAUUUUAAUUGCUGGUAUGUUAAACAACAUUUUUAAUGUAUGCAUUUUAAAAGUAACUGAUAUUAAUAUGAACAUAUGAGAUAAAUUAAAAGAAUAUUAUUGGUACUUUAUCUUUUGAAAAUUGUUUGCCAUUUUAAUGGAAACUGUUAUCAAUAUUUUAGGUAGUCGUCUGUAUAUAUUUUAUGAAGUAUAAUAAAAUUUUGAUUUUGAAAAUAUCUAAUAAUCUGGAAAUGAAUCAACAUUUCAUAAAUAUGUGGGACUCAUCAAUAACAUUUAUAAAAUGUCAAUAUAAGUUUUGUCUCUUAAAGAAUAUUAAAAAAAAAAUCAUUAGGUUACCAUGCAACAGUAAUCUAUCAUCAUCUGAAAAAAAAUUUGUUUUUAUUUUUUGCAUAAUAUCAAGAUUUAGGAAUUAAAAUUUUAUAUAGGUAGUCUCAAUUUUUUAUACAUAUUCUUUUGGAAUGCUUAAUUUGCCAAUUUUAUUUCCUAUCUCAUCUCUACUUAUGAUAUAUGUUAAUUAUACUUGAUAUGAGGAAAACAAGCCUUAUCAUUUUUUUUAUUGUGCACAAUUAAGAUAUGCAAAACGCAACAAUAUUUUUCGAUUUCUGAGAUUCGAUCAAAAUUAUAUUAAGAAUAAGAAUAAUGAUUUACUUUUUGCAUAAUAGAUUAAAAUACAAUUUAUUUCACAUUCUUAUUGCAAUUUUUUAAUUUUUAAUAUCUCUAUAUGGAGUAUUGUAUUUGUAUUAAAUAUAUAUGUUAAAUUCAGGCUUAUUUUCAUUGAAUAGAACUUGAUAUGAUAUGUUUCAAGAAUGAAUAUUAUUAAAAAAAUGGCAUCUCUGAAUAUCAUAUUAUAUAGGCUCCCAAGUGAAUUAAAAUGUUCACCAAAAAGACCCUACUUUAUUAUGUAAUAUUAUAGAAUGCUCUACCUGAAAAAUAAUAUCACAAUAUUUUUAAUAAUCUAUUCCCUCUAGAUCUAGUUAAGGUGUUGACAAGGCGCAUUGUCAUACUUAAAUUGUAAAGCAAAAAAAAAAAAAAAUGAUCAGUCAGUCAAACAAAAAUUGACCUAUGAACCAUAUUCCUUUAUUAUUUUUAGACCAAACAGUUAUACGAUAAUAAUGCACUAUAUUUUUAUAUUUUCAAUAAAGAUCUAUACUUUAUAUUUUGUAAAAAAUUGUCUAUAUAAUUGAAAAAAUUUAAAUGUUAGUACUGGAUACUUGACAUGUAUGUAACUAAAGCAGAUAUACCUAUUGUGCUAUAUAUUUAAAAACAAUAUAUUUCAAGAAUUGUUCUAAGCUUGAUAUUUUUAAAAUUUGUUUUCUACUUUUUCACAACUUCAUAGAAAAUGCUAUUAAACUGAAAAGAUAAACGGUGUAUCGGUUUAUGACAAAUGCACUGAAAAUGUCACCAUUUUUUAUUAUAUUUUUCCCCUUUUAAAAACUAUUAUAAUUUUUGUAGUUUAUAUUGUUUAAACAAUAUCCUAUAUCCAAUUUUAUGUCUAUCACAUGCUCGUAAAACUAAAGAAUUUUAUAAUUCAAAAUUUUUUUUUUCUUUGAUAAACCAUAUUAUAAAUUAUUAUGAAUUUGAAUGAUAGCUAUUUAUAUUUAACACCAUCAUUUUCAGUCUUAACAAUUUAUUAUUAUUUAUUUAUUACAUAUAUUUUCUGUCCUUAUUUUAAUCUCAUAUAUAUCUAUAUUAGGUUAUAGUUCAACAAUUUCAUUAUCUCAUAUGUUCGUGUAUAAUGAAUAAAAUAUUAGACUUAAAGCUCUUGAUACAUUUCAACAAAGGUACAGUUACAAUGUUCACAAAGUUAUAACUAUAUUCUUGACAGAUUAUAAUGAUGAAAGACCAAGUUAAUCUAGUUACAUUACUCUAAAACAAUGGAACAAUUUUUUAUCAUAGUUUCUAUUUAAUAUUCUGAAAUAAGACAUCAUUUCAACAGCGAUCAAUAUUAUCAUAACAGCAGUAUAAUAUCUACUCGGCUUUAUCUAAUCUAAAUGUAUAGUUUUGCAUAAUGGCAACAAUCUGUUCAAAAUGCUACAUUUAUCAAUGUAUUGUGUCAACUAAAAAUAUCAUAGGUACCUAGUAAAGACCUGCAAGGUCGCCGGGUCUACUCGGCCUGGUACUCUAAAAGCCCGGCCCGUAAUAAUUUCGACCGGCCCAGUGCCUUAGAAACAUAAAACCGGUCCGUGCCUGGACUAUUUUUUAUUCAAUUUUUUGGUCCAGAUCGGACUGAGCUUAAAAAAAUAACUUUGGACCGGGUCUGGGUUUUUAUUUUACGUCGAAAUUUUUAGACUAGAUCGUACUGAGCGUAAAAUAAAUGUUAUCGGACUGGACUAGGCUUUUAAAGUCAUGGAAUUUUAUGAAGAGCCAGAUCUGAAUUUUUUUUUUUUUUUGGUUUGGUGUUUCAAAAUGUAUUAUGCAAUAUACUAUCGAGUAUGUAGUAUCUAAUUUAGGAAUAUACUUAUAACGUAAUAAAUUUUAAGUUUAAUAAUAAAUCAAUGAAAAAAAUUAGGUACUAAAUCAACACUUUUUAAGAGAUUAGCAUUAUCAUCGAACUGGGCCUGGGCUUUAUUUAACAGAAUAUUUUGCACCGGGCUGGACCGGUCUAAAAAAUGUCAUCAGACCAGAUAUCCUCGGUCCGGACCGGGUUUUUUAAAAAGUGUAGCAUUAUUUGUGGGUCGGGCUUGUGCCUUUUUUUUUCGACCGAACCGGGCCGAAAAUUGAUGGCCCUUGUAGAUCUAUAGUACCUAGAUAUUAGAUAUCAAUUUUUAGAUUCUGAAUGAAGCAAUGCAUUUAUUUUAUUAUAAUAAGGUUUUACUUUCAUAUUUAUGAGAGUAGACCAAUUUUAUGACACUAUAAAAUUCUAUAUUAUUAUACUUGAAAAUAGGAUAGGAAAGUAUAAAAUAAUUAUAUGUGUUAUAUUUAUGUAAUCUCUAAAAUAAUCUAUUACAAAAAGUCAUUGGACACUUAUAAAAUAUUUAGAUUCGACUUCAUAACCUCACAAAAAAUUAUUGAAAACAUAUGAAAGAAAAAGAAUAAACUUAAUAAAAAUGUGUACCUAAGUUUAUGGUUCUGUGUACCUAUAUAGUUAUAAGUAUACAGAAAUUGAGAUUUAAUCAUAUACUCAGUAUUUCAAGAGUAUUAAGUUUCAAACGGAUCAGAAAUUCAGAAGUAUUAAAUAAGUAGUACAUAUAUAAUAUAUAGGUAUUAUAACGGGCAUAGUAAUAUAAUAAAAAUUUAAGACACCCACAUAAAUAUAAGUUUAAAAUACAUUUUUUCGAAACUUGAGUAUACUUUAUUAUUGUAGUUUCUAAAAGAGAAUCAAAACAAGCUAAAUUUUAUAAUAUCACAAUAGUUUUAGAUUCCGUGCGAAAUGAGAAAUGUAUUGUAUUCAGUGGCGGAUUUAUAAGGGGGUUUCGAUAAAAUAUUAAACAAAAAAAGAGGCAUCUAUUAUUAAUAGAUACUUUUUAAAUACAUAUGAUUUUAUAGGACCACUCUAUAGUGGUCACUCCCCGAAAAAUGUUGAAAAUCUGCUACUGAUUGUAUUUAUUAUGAUGUGUGCUAUUAGAUUCAGAGCAUAGAAAGAGAUCUAGGGUUUUACUAUAAUAUGGUUUUUUUUUGUCUGAACAACUUUUCUACAAGAAAUCUUGUCCCGAAGUAUCAAAUGUAGCACGUUUUCUAAAAGGAAAUUCUCUUUAAUUGGUGUAUUGGCAGGUCAUAUUUUGAUUUUCUAAUGGGUUUUCAAAAUAAUUAGCAAAAACCGGAAAAUUAUAGGUAAAACGGUAAAUAUUUACAGUACUCCAACAUUACCAAUUUCAUUGAUUUUAAUUUUUGGAAACUAUAUUUUCUAUCAGAAACAUUGCUUCAAUCGAAAACUGACUAUUGUUCGAUUUUGUUCCUUUUAACUCAUAGUCAUUAACAGAGAAAAUCGUUUUUUGAUAUCUAUAGUAUUUUUCAUAAUAAUUAGUAACACCCAAAAAUGAUGAAAUAAACAAUUUUUUUCAAAUAACAGCACGAUUUCAUUAUUUUAAAUGUUCACACUUAUGUUUUCUACUAUAAAUAUUGCUCCAAUAGAUAUACAAAAAGAGAUUAUUUUUGUUGCAUUUUUAAUCUAGUUGUUCGGUUUUUGAUUUUCUUUGUUUUAAUAAAUGAGCAAAAGUUUAAUGUAUAUAGUAUUUUUUUUUCUUUGUAAGAGUUUUAAAAUCAAAUUAUGAUGAAAAUCGUAAAUAUGACCUUUUAAAACAUGUAUAUAUGCUUCGCUCCGAAUCGUUUUUCAUUAAUGGUUUAUCAUUGGUUUCAGGUAUAAGUUAAAUCACUUUAUGUAUCACAUCUAUAGGUAUAGGUAGGUAAAGAAGGUAUAAUGGUAGGUAGAAAAUAGUACGUGUUGGAAAUUAUUUACAUAACAAUCCCUAAUGUGUAUAUAAACUUUAUGCUUAUUAUAAUCGCUAUAUCCACAUAUUAUAUUUCAUUUAAAUGUGAAAACAUUAUACCUACACAGUCCAAUUGACAAUUUGUUAAAACGUAUUCAAUUCAGAAUCAGUGAACUUUGGACACUACAUUCUUGAUGUUAAUCUCAUUCUGCAUACCUAUAUUAACAUUGUUUUUGUCGGAGGUGUCGUGUUUCUCCCAAAUUCUUUAACUACAUCCACAUUUAAUUUGUGUACGUAGACGUAAAAUUCGACUAAAUAUUUGUUUUUCCUUUGAAUUUAAGGUACUUACAUUCUAUAGUGUUCAACAAUAAAUUAUCAAAUAUAUGUAGGUAUCGAUUUCAAAAGAUGCACAUUAAAAAUGUCAUUCAAUUAUUCUAAUAUAUGACCUAUAAUAUAAUCUGCAUAUCAUUUUCAAAAUUUCAAUAAAUUGAUUUACAUUAAUUUUUUAUAAAAAAAAAAAAAAAAAAAUAUUAGGAUUAAGUAAUGAAUACAAAACAAUUGCAUCAAUAUUCCAAUAUUGAUAAUACCUAAAAUUAAGAGAGUUUUUAAUAUCGGUGCAUAGUCACUAGUCAUCCAAGAACAUAUUUAUAGAUUUGCAUCGCCCAAAAAAAAAAGAAAGAAAUGAACACACUUCGCACGAUAUGUAAGCCAAUGUUGUGUUUGAGAAGUUUAGAAGAUUGGAUAUAGAAAGUAAUUCAAUUUUUAUUUGUACACAACGGUAAACCAUUGCUAACGAAAAACAAUUCGAAUCGAAAUUUCUUUUAUACAUGCAUAUAGAUCUUCCCAUUUUUUCUAUAUUUUUCCCAAUUAUUAUGAAAACCCCUUAAAAAAUCAAAAAAUGACUUCCCUAAAGUACCACCCAGAUAAAUUUCCUUUCAAAAAGCUACUAAACUAGAAAAUCAAGACAAGAUUUUUGGUAAAAAAUUUGUUCAUAGAUAAAAAUAAACAUCAUUAAUCUAAAAUAAUUUGAAUAGGUACCCAAUUGUCUUUUACACUUUUAAAUGUUUUAUUCAUAAUUAACUCAAUGUCCAAAUUAUUUAUAUACAGUAUUAAGAUAAAUACAUUCAUUUUGUAACACAAUGUAAACUUAAAAACUUUUAAUACCUAGUUCUCUUAAGGAUAAAAAACAAAAUUUAUUGGCCACGGUGAUAAUAAUAAGCAAAAUUAUUUAUCACUAUUUUCUAUAUCUAUACUCAUAAACUUGUCGGUAGAUAUUAAAAAAAAAAAGAAGAAAACACUGUUUAAAAGUUUUCUUUAUUGAAACGAUGCAACCGUGAUAAUAAUAUUUUAUCGCAAGUGAUUCAAAAAUUCACAAAACAACCAAUCUGAAGAAAAAAAAGAGCAAAUACUGGGAACGAAUUUGGCCACCGUUGUGGGAAGUGGGAGGAAGGUGGGAUACAUAAAGUUGUUUAACUAAUACUUGUAACCAACGAUAAACCAUUAAUGACAAAAAAACAUUAUUUUAUCUAUCACAUACUGGACUACCAACAGUAAUACAAAGUAAAAAAACAUUUUAAAAAUGUAUUUAUUAGAGCUAAAACAGGACCAACUUUUGUUAAAUACAACUAAAUGUAAUUUUUGUUAAGUUAUAGAAUAUGCUAAUAAAAAAUCAAAGUUUUUAAUAACAAACUUUUCAGUAUGGCUUCUAAAUUUGUACUUAAUAGUUAACAAUUAUAGGUAUUAAUUAUUGUGUGGAGAAAAUCUGUUAAUAUUAUAAAGUAAGAAAUCAAUUUUUAAAUAUAUAUAAUAUUAGUUUUAAUUUAAGCGUAAGAUGCAAAUAAUAUAAAUUAUACAUACAAAAUUGUAUUUACAUUUUUUUGGAAUGUUAUAAAAUAAUUUCUCUAUUCAAACUUAUAUUAUAAUUACAAUCAGUCUCUAAUACUACAUUUAUACACAUUAAAUUAUUGUCCGUUUCAAUAUAAAUUACAUAUUAAAUAAUUUUUGUUCUUUUCAGAAUUCAGUGAUGCACACAAACGAAUGAUUGAACUAGCACAAGAGUGUAAAGAAUAAUUUAAUUUAUAAAUUACUACACUAGAAUUUUGUAAGUACAAUUAUAACAAUAAUUAUUGUCAACCUUUUCAUAAAUUGAUUUUAAUAAAAAAUUACGAUAACAUUUUAAUCAACAAAUAAAGUUUACAUAAUUAUUUAUAUACAUAGAUAAUAAAUAAAUUAUUAACUAACUGUAAUGUUUAAUUAUUAAAUAUAAAUUAUUUCAAACAAAUUAAAUCGGUAUAAAAGUUAAAUUAAUAGUUAAAGCAUUUAUGGAUGUUAUAAUAUAUAAAAUCCAUAAAACAUGAACUUGUAUUUAGUAUAUUUGUACUGAUACAUAUAUUUUUGCUUCAUUAAUUAAUAUUUAAUAAUUUGUGGAUUUCGGAUUUUACAUAUUAUUUGAUUAUAAAUAAAGUAAUAUUUAGCCAAUUUUUAGAUACUAAGGAUAAUUUCAUUAAAAACGUUUAAGUAAAAUUAAAAAACUAGACUAUUAAUAACGUCUUCGAAAAUGAGCAACAAAACAUAAAUAAUAUGCAUAGUAACAAAAUAAUUAACUGACAAAUACUGAAAAUUAUUAUUAAAUAUUUUCCUAAAAUAUAUUUUUAUAUACACCUCUGUAUACUAUCAAAACUGGGCAGUAACUAAUUUAAAAGUUAAAAGUUACUUUUUUUGAUAAAUAUUAGUGUACAAAAUACGUUUAUAUACUAAAAAAUAAUUUUAAAAAAAGUAACUUUACUUUUAAGUUUACAUUUUCUUAAAAAUGUAUAACUUACCUUACUUACUCAUAUUCAAAUAUAUUUUAAAAUUGACUGUAACUUAACAAAGUUAUUUUUAUUCUUUAAGAAUAAUAACUUAAAAUAGUUACAAAAAAUUGGUUAACUUGCCCAGCUUUGUAAACUACGCCUAUAUAAUGGCCUAUAUUUAAUUGCAAUAUAUUUAACCAACCAUAACUCUAAUAAUUAGCAUUAAAGCUAAGCAAUCCAUGUUUACAUUUUUUUUUUAUAACAAACAAAAUAUCCAAAAAUAAACAGCAACCUAAUCAGUAAAUAUUUAGUGUCAAUUAAAAUAAAGUAUUAUAUUAAAUUAAAUAUUAUUAUAAUAAUAUUAGAUUUUAGAUUUCAAUUUCUGUAUGGUAUAAUAUUAAAUGAAAAAAAUAAAUAUAUAUUUCUAUUUUAAUGAGACCAAUUUUAUUGUUAUUAUUUGUAUUAAUUUGGUUGUCACAAGCAAGAGAAAUACAUUUAUUAUUAGUUAACAAAUAUUUGAUUAUCAAACCAAAUAAAUAUAAAAGUAUAAUAUGUAAUAUUCUUAUUAUAUUGUAGGUUAGGUUCAAUCACAGUUUUACAUUAUCAUAUAUUAAUUUUUUUUUAUAACAAACAAUAAACUUUAUAUUUAAACUUUAUAAAACUUAUUUGGUAUAAUUUAAACAGUAAUAAACUUAAUUACAGAGUACAAAUCGUACUUUCUCUUUCAAAAAAAGAAUUUUGUUUGAUUUGUAAAAAAAAAAAAAUUUUAGUUAAUUAUUAUAUAUUUAAUAUUAUAAUUAUUAUAAUAUAUAAUAUAAUUCAGACUUUAAUACCAAGUUGAAUUAAUAUUAUUUGACUAGAUAUUAUAUGAUUAAAAAAGAAAAUUAAGUAGUCACUAAUUGCUAUGUACAUAUAUAUAUAUAUUAAAAAAUCAUAUUAAUUAUAAUAAAGCAAAUGGCUUCAAACAAAUAAAAUAUUAUCUAAUGGUAACAUGGUAAAAUUAGGCACAUUAAUGGUGAAAAAAUGAAUAGAAAUCUUCAAAUGUCCUUUAAAAAUUUCCUUACACAAUCAUAUGUAGCAAAACUUAUUCCAGUGGCAAUUGGACCUUUAAUCCAGUUCAUACUUAGACCCUUGAAAAAACCUUGUUGAAUUCCUUCAGUUCUAAAAUAAAUAUAAAAUUGUACAAUACUACAAUUAUUUAAUUACAAUUAAUAAUUGUGAUUUGAAAAUACUUUACUUAUAAAUCAUCACAAAUGUUGUCCGAAGGUUUUUGUAAUUGUGUCCUGUAAUUAUUGAUGUUUGCAUCUUCCGUCUAAUAAUAUCUAAAGGAUAAGAUGAUGAUUGACCAGCCAUACCUGCCACUGCUCCACAUGCCAAAUUCACUACUGCAUUGUCAUAUCCAUGUUUUUCUGCAAUAAGAAAUAGAAACAGUUUUAUUGUAGUAAAAUAAUUUUGUUCAACAUCAUUUUCAAUAUUAUAAAUAUUUACCUUUAAUAAAUAUCUUUAAUGUACCAUAUGUAAAAAAACUGGUACCGGCAUAAGGUAUAAUGCCCAAUAUUGUUGGAACAUAACCUCGGUAAAAGCCUUUUAUGCCUUCAAUUUGAUAGGUCUUUCUAAACACCUAAAU